AUGCCUGCAGCAUCCAGAAACUGCGAUGCUGUGGCCAGAAACCCACUUGCCAGAGAUGCAGGCGACUUGGACGGCCUUGCAUCUAUCGGUCUAGGAGGAGGACGACAACAGCCACAGCAGCAACUACAGGAUGGUAUCCGGCAGUCCUCCCCGUCACCUGUCUUGUCCGAGCCUUCUCUUUCGCGUCUUCCCAUACCGGAAAAGCGGUACUUUGGAGUCCCAACCGCGUUGCUCCCGAUAUUGAUAGACCUAUACUAUACUCACCUGAGCCAUGCCCCCCUCCUCUUGUACAGACCUUCCCUGACUCGAGCUCUCGAGCUGGAUACAAUCCGAACCGAUGUGCUGCUCAGUAUUUGCGCCUUGGCUUCCCGGUUCUACACGGACUCGAAAGGUGCGGCAGUCCUGGUCGACAGUCACUUUGAUCGUGAAUGGGCUGAAGCAGCGGGUCGGAUGGCUCUUCGCGAGCUGGAGUCCCCCAAGGCUGACAAUGUCGUUGCGUUUCUCAACCUAGCUCUCUUCUGGUAUAGCCAUGGCCAGUUCCAACGGUCGAAUAUGCUUACGGGUUGUGCGUCAAACACCGCUUGGGUCAUUGGCGUUCCUUCCGACGAGAAGAGCAAUGGGAGUCUUCUAGACUCCGAGAUGCAGCGGAGACGAUUCUGGGGCUGUUAUCUACAGUGCUCGUUCCAGGCUGACACUCUCUUCCCAAAGAUACCCACCGAGGGCAUGUUGAACAUCAGACUUCCCUGCAGCGAGUCCGAGUUACAACUGGGGGUUCCUCAAUCCAGCAUCACGUUAAAAGAUGCAGACAGCACGCAGAGCAUUUAUGCCGAGCUGGUAAGGGCCAUGGCCCUGUGGUCAUCCGUCGUCCUCCUCAUCAAACAGACGGGUCUGACCCUACCAAGCCGUUUGGCUGAGAUGCAAACUCUGGAUGGGCGCAUCCAUGAGGCUUGGUCAAAGCUGGACCCGUGCUUUCACCUGGAAUGCGCGCGGAUGGCUGCAGUGCCCUCUCAUGAAUUGCCAACAUUACUAUUGUUGCAUGUGAUCUAUCAUCAAUGCCUCUGCUCCCUGCAUUCAUCCAUAGUCCCACUCUUCUCCUGGAGUCCUUGUGAAGGCGUAUUUCCGUACGCGCAACAAUUAUCUGCACAAACGGCUUUUGAACACGCGAACUCUGUGUCGGCGCUUCUACAUGCCGCCUCGGAGCUGGACUGGGACUGUCGAAGAAUGCCGAGUUUCAUCGGGUACGCUGCCUACUCCGCUUGCGCUACCCUAACUCCCUUCCUGUGGUGCUCGCAGCCACAUGUCAGACAGCGCGCCAUAUCUAGCGUCUUGGCCAGUUUGAAGAUUCUACAGAUCCUGGGAAAGGACUGGGCCUUUUUGGGAGUUUUGGGAAGGUUUGCCUGCGGUCUGUACAAGGUGCACGCGAGUGCCCCAUUUCCACUGACAGAUGAGCCGAAAAACAUGACCCCCGACGCCCUCAGGGAAUUUAAACCAGCUAGUUCAAGAGCGCGACUUUCCAUUUUGACACAUAAUUCUAUCAUCAUCAGUGAUCAAGGCUCAACCGCGCAGGCUGCGGAUGAUAUUGGAGACCUUGGACUAGAGAAUGCAGACUCUCGAGAACCCGGGCCGGCGGAAGAGAAUAUUGCUGGAUUUAUCGCCCAGAUGUCGCGUGAGAUCGGUGCUACAAGUAGCCAGUUACCGAUCACGAUCCACCCGUUUCUACCCUCGGAGACUGUCGGCUCUUGUGCCCUGGACGGCAGUUUUAACGAACCUACGAUCGGGCCUGACAUGGAUCAGUUUGGGCAUAUUGAUGAUUUCAUUCUGGACCUGAUGCGGCAAGAAGGUCUGUUACAGCAGGGAGCAUUAUAA